AGGAAGGAAUGAUCGUGACACACACCAUCUCUGUGAGAUUGUCUGAGGACAUCUGGCCAUUUCUGGGAGGAGUUUUCUCAACCCACCUAAUUCUUCGAGCUCUGUUUUACCAGCACAGCUCUCCACGAGGCUCAGAUCGUCGGACCUAAGAGCCAGUUGCCACCUUCAUCGUGACAGAAGCCAGAUUUUUUUUUACUGGGGCUAGACUGUAUUAACAGUGUUUCCCAAGUCUGUCGGUGCCUAUCUCAUUUCUAAGGUUCUUUAGAGUGUGGGCUCACUCCGGUUUCCACCAGCACUUGCUUACUUUUCUGCCUCCCCGGCAUCCUCCUCACUUCCUUUCCCUACAGCUUCUUUCACUGCUGUACGUGUUCCUCCUUAAAAAAAAAAAAAAAGCCUAAUGAAUGUGUUUUGCAGGUCUUGAAAAAAACCAGCGAUGUUAUCCCCAGGAGUCUGUCCAUUCGUUAUCAUUCCUUUCCAUAUCUUUGAGUAUGAUCUCUGUGGUUUAGAAAUCCCACGUUCCAGUGCUGUCAAAAGAAAAGUUGCCUUAAACCUUUGCCCUGCAAGCACCAGAAAAGAGCUCAUAAAAAGGAAGACAGCAGCAGAUGCAAUCGCGGAUGUGGCUUAGUCCUCACAGCUGCCCCAGAGAGCUGUUCAGAGUGUACGAGAGCGUCAGUCAUGAAUUCAGAAGAACAAGUCGUGACAUGGCUUAUAUCUUUGGGAGUCUUAGAGUCCCCCAAAAAGACCAUCUGUGACCCAGAGGAGUUCUUGAAGUCCUCGCUGAAAAAUGGGGUAGUGUUGUGCAAACUCAUCAACAAACUUUUGCCUGGCUCUGUGGAGAAGUAUUGUCUGGAGCCCCAAACUGAGGCCGACUGCAUCGACAACAUCAAUGACUUUCUGAAAGGAUGUACAACCCUUCAAGUGGAAGUAUUUGAACCUGAUGACCUUUAUUCAGGGGCCAACUUCUCCAAAGUUCUGAAUACUCUUUUAGCUGUCAACAAGGCAACAGAAGAUCAGCUAUCGGAAAGACCAUGUGGACCAUCCUCUUCUCUUAGCAUUACCACCACCUCUCCAACCAACCCACAGGCAGCAGCAGUUCCCAGCACAACUCCAGAGCAGCAAACCCAGGCAAAGGCAGUGGAGAUGACGGAAAAUGGAAGUCACCAGUUGAUAGUAAAGGCAAGAUUCAACUUCAAGCAGACUAAUGAAGAUGAAUUGUCAGUCUGUAAAGGGGACAUCAUUUAUGUCACUCGAGUUGAAGAAGGAGGCUGGUGGGAAGGCACAUUAAAUGGGAGAACAGGAUGGUUCCCUAGCAAUUAUGUCCGAGAAAUUAAACCCAGUGAGAGACCUCUGUCCCCUAAGGCUGUCAAAGGAUUUGACGCUGCUCCACUUACCAAGAAUUACUACACUGUGGUGUUACAGAACAUCUUGGACACUGAAAAAGAAUAUGCCAAAGAACUUCAGUCUCUUCUUGCUACUUACCUAAGACCCUUGCAGUCUAAUAACAACCUGAGUACUGUGGAAUUUACAUGUUUAUUGGGAAACUUUGAAGAAAUAUGCACAUUUCAACAGACACUCUGCCAAGCCCUGGAAGAAUGUGCAAAGUUUCCAGAAAACCAGCACAAAGUAGGUGGCUGCCUACUGAACCUCUUGCCUCAUUUUAAAUCGAUGUACCUGGCUUACUGUGCAAAUCACCCUUCAGCUGUCAACGUGAUCACCCAGCACAGUGAUGAUCUAGAACGCUUCAUGGAAAAUCAAGGUGCAUCCAGCCCCGGCAUCCUCAUUUUAACAACAAGCCUCAGCAAGCCAUUCAUGCGACUGGAAAAGUAUGUUACUCUCUUGCAAGAGCUGGAACGCCAUAUGGAGGACACUCACCCGGAUCAUCAGGAUAUUCUGAAAGCAAUUAUAGCAUUCAAAGCACUCAUGGGGCAGUGCCAAGAACUGAGAAAGAGAAAACAACUGGAAUUACAGAUCCUUUCGGAACCUAUUCAGGCAUGGGAAGGAGAUGACAUUAAGACCUUGGGAAAUGUGAUCUUUAUGUCACAAGUAAUGGCACAGUAUGGCACCUGUGAGGAAAAAGAAGAACGGUAUUUUAUGCUGUUUUCCAGUGUCUUGAUAAUGUUGUCUGCAAGUCCUCGGAUGAGUGGCUUUAUGUAUCAGGGAAAAAUACCAAUAGCAGGGAUGGUGGUGACUAGAUUAGAUGAACUUGAAGGAAACGACUGCGCAUUUGAAAUCACAGGUAGCAUGAUAGAGAGAACUGUGGUCUAUUGCAACAAUAUCCAGGACUUCCAGGAAUGGCUGGAGCAGCUGACCAAACUGACCAGAGGACCAGCAUCUUGCAGUUCCUUGUCUAAGACCUCAUCAUCAUCGUGUAGUACUCAUUCUUCUUUUAGCUCUACCGGACAGCCCCGAGGACCCUUGGAACCUCCUCAAAUUAUUAAACCGUGGAGUUUAAGUUGCCUACGACCUGCACCUCCACUUAGACCAUCAGCAGCACUAGGUUAUAAAGAGAGGAUGUCUUAUAUCUUAAAGGAAUCUAGUAAGAGCCCCAAAACCAUGAAGAAGUUUCUUCACAAAAGAAAGACUGAGAGAAAAGCAUCUGAGGAAGAAUACGUGAUUAGGAAAAGUACAGCUGCCCUGGAAGAGGAUGCUCAGAUUCUUAAGGUGAUCGAAGCCUACUGCACCAGUGCCAGUUUUCAACAAGGCACUCGUAAAGAUUCAGUCCCACAAGUACUACUCCCUGAGGAAGAGAAACUCAUUAUCGAAGAAACCAGAAGCAAUGGGCAGACCAUCAUUGAAGAGAAGAGCCUUGUUGAUACUGUGUAUGCCUUGAAGGACGAAGUCAAAGAACUGAAGCAGGAGAAUAAGAAAAUAAAGCAAUGUCUGGAAGAAGAAUUAAAGUCGAGGAAGGACCUAGAAAAGCUGGUCCGGAAGCUGUUGAAGCAAACGGAUGAGUGCAUUCGAGCUGAGUCCAGCAACAAGACCUCAGUUCUCCCAUAACCAGCACUGAGCAGCUGAGGACAGUGCCUUCUGCACUGGUUGAAAUGGCUAAUUGCCAGCUGAAUGAUUUAACUGUGCACUUCAGCUUUUUUGCUUUGUGGUUUUGUGUUGGGAUAUAUAUUCUCUCGCUCUCUCUCUCCCCUUCCCUCCUUUCCUCCU